GCCUCUCUUCAUUCCUACGUAACAUUUUACUGGAACUGGGGCUUCUCUGUUUUAAAGUCAUUUAGUCAGACGGCACGUGAGAGAGGCACGAGACAAUUCUGAAACUGAACUCAAGAUUACUAAACGCCACAUGCUGUGAGCUCAUUCAUGAUUACAAAAACUGGGAAAUGCAAAGUCAGGUUGAAUGACGCAUUCUGUAAGAGACAGCAACAGGCCUCAGACUGUGGUGAAAAACUGAGCCCACUGCGGGCCAGCAGAGCUGACUUCCCCAGAAGUGGAAUGGAACAGCCAUGAAUGGAGAUACCCCCUCAAGCCCUGAGUAUUCCUGCCAGCUGCCUGAUUGGAAGGAGUUCUGUGAACUGCAUGCUCGCACCUCCGCCACUGAGUUUGCCGCAAAAUUCCGCCAGUUCAUAAGUGAGAACCCCACCUACGACAUCCCUGGUGCGGAUACGUCUUUUUCGCAGCACUUUGCCACACAUUUUUUGGACUGCUUUACUGCAGAACUGAGCCGUAGCACCACACCAGGCUCACCGGGUGGAGCUCUCAGGUACGGCAUUGUGCCCUUUGUGGGUCUCCAGAGCUGCCCUCUGCCCUACGCUCGGGAUCUGUACCUGCGCAGGAGAGAGGCAGGAGCCUCUAGCGAAUCGCUAGACAGCAUGGACAGCAGUCAGGGUAACCUUGGCAGGGGUGCAGGGAGCCAAGCGUCAGCAGGUAGGCAGCACAAGGUGUCUACGUAUGGACAGUCACGGAGCACCGAGGAUGUGUCUAUGGGCCACCCCAAAGCCAAAUUCAAAAAGGGCUUCUCCUUACGCAACAUGAGCCUCUGCGUGGUGGAUGGAGUCAAAGAAAUAUGGCACAGACGCUCAUCCCCUGAACCUGAUCAGGGUCGGCGAGCCAACAGUGAGAGUGGAGAGAAAUGGAGCCAACGUCUGCGACUCACAAAGGCUUCCCAGACACCGAAGGCUGAGCUCCUGGAGAUUCAGAGAGAGGGCACGCUGCGUUAUAUGGUGGCAGAUGACACCAACUGCGUGGGCAGCUCCCAGUGGCAGAAGUGCCGGCUGCUUCUGCGCAAAGCUGUCCGAAUAGAGGGGGAACGGUUCCUGCUUGAGUUUUACGUGCCACCCAAGUCCACCAAACCGAAGGUCUGUGUACCCCUGUCAGCUAUUGUAGAGGUCCGGACAACAAUGCCCCUGGAGAUGCCUGACAAAGAUAACACCUUUGUCCUCAAGGUGGAGAACGGAGCAGAAUACAUCUUAGAAACCAUUGACUCACUGCAGAAGCACUCUUGGGUAGCUGAUAUCCAGGACUGUAUCGAGCCCAGUGACAGUGGUGAAGACAUAGAACUCUCCUCUUGUCCUCAUGGAGGGCCCUGCAGAGACUUCCCAACAGGUUCAUCUUGUAGCUGCGAGCUGCUUGGAGAAGGUGUACCCAGGUUGCCAGACAGGCCUUGUCUCUCUGGAGUCAGCGAGCCCCGCAAUACUCUGCCUGCCCGCUGCAAGGACUAUCCAUUCUCCGAACACAUCCCCCUUGAGAGGUUUCUACAAUCAUCAGAGUUUAGCGGAGCUGGGCAGUCAGCAGGAGUGGCAAGUGAAGGCAGGGACUCUGAAGGAAACAUCUGCCUCACAGAUUACCCAUGGUUCCAUGGAACGCUGUCACGAGUGAGAGCUGCACAGCUGGUCUUAGCUGGAGGAGCUCGCAGCCACGGACUCUUUGUCAUUCGGCAGAGUGAAACGCGUCCAGGGGAGUACGUCCUCACCUUCAAUUUCCAGGGCAAGGCAAAGCAUCUUCGCCUGUCAGUGAACGAGAACGGGCAGUGCCACGUCCACCAUCUUUGGUUCCAGACAGUCACUGACAUGUUGCGCCACUUCCAUGCCCACCCCAUCCCCCUGGAAUCGGGGGGUUCAGCCGACAUCACUCUGCGUUGCUAUGUGCAGGCACCGCGCCCCCUGCCAGAGCCCAUUGCACCUCAGCUCCAGCAGCCCAGCAGCCUGCCCACCUGUCGAACCGACUCCCAGCACUACUUCACUGGAUCCGUUCAGCCGGCCAGCCAGCCUGCAGAGACCCUGGCAUCUUCAGCCUCCUCCUCACCAACAUCCCUGCCACCUUUUCCUCGCGGGGAGACGGCCGUAGGGGGCUUACGGAGCCGGAGUAACAGUUCUGAGCGACUGCUGGAGCCUGCAGGGGGCAGCUCAGAGGAUUACCACGAGAGUGAUGGCUCCCGCAGAACCCGAGCUGUGGAAAACCAGUACUCGUUCUACUGAGAGGUGUGCCUAGCUGGCCAGAUCGGAACAUGGAUAUAUAGUGCCUGGCGCGGAGUAGCACGGUUGUGGGAGUGCUGUCCUUCUAGUUUGGUUUUAACGUCUUUUUUGCACAUUUUGGAAUCCUUUGGUUUCCCACAAUGACUUUUAUACUUGGCAAGCGGGACUGUAAGGGUGUCUCAGAAUGAAUCAACUACACUUUGGUGGCACAUUUUGUCAGAAAUGGGUCACCUUUCCUGAAACAGAAGCAGAACAAUCUAGAGAAUGCUGCAUAGAUGAUGUUGUUUUCAGCUCCACUUCACAGCUGACGGACCAUUGUCUGCAUUGAACUGGUGCUUAAACACACUUUAUCACAAAUGCCACCAUCAGCUCUUGGAGUGCCACUGUGCUUCCCAUGUCUCGCUCCUGUCUACACCUUCCAGUCCUUUAAAUAAAGAGCACGGCUCACGGUGGUGAGAAUUUGAGCUGCUAGCGCCUCAAGCUACAGGUCUGUCUGUUUUAAGAUUUUACACCAUUUUAGACUGUAACGUGUAUAUAUAAUUCAUUCUAGACAAUGCAUUCCAGCCAUCGACAAAAGUCCACGUUUUGAGCAGUCAUCGAGGCUGAAGUUCCAAACAGCAGUAGAGAUUUCCCUGCCCCAUUCCCCAGCUCCUGUUCAUUUCUGACCCAGCGAGUGGUCCUCAAAAGUGGCCCAGUUGCUCAUUUUGUAUUCCAACCAGCGUAUCACUUGGAGUCCAGUGCCUGCCUUUAGCCCCUACAUUCACUCAUUUCUUGAUCCUGCUUUCUUCAGAAUGGUGGUAUGUUGCAUGCUGUUUAGAACAUGCAAGUGAGACCUUCAGCGUACUCUGCACACGUGACAAGUGUGACCCCCAUAAAAGACGAGCUGCUUUAUGGAGGCUCUCAGUCCUUACACGUAGCCCCAGUGUCCGGGUAACGUCACCAAGCACACCGCUGUGCGACAUUUACCGCAUUGGUGGUAUUGGCUCAUCUCUUCAUACAUGUUCAUUUUCAAUCAUUCUUACUGCCACUGAGUGACAGUUUUUAAAGGGAUCUCGGGCGCCAUUGCAAAUGGCAGUGCAUACUAUGACGCAAUUAAUGCUCAGAAAGACAAGUGCAGUCAGAAAACAAAUCUGCUCAUGUGAAGAAAACACUGCAAAAUCAGGUAGGUUUUAGAAACCUAAACCCUAACCCUACACUGACACUUAAACCAUUAAACAGCAGCAUGGUGAUUAAAGGCAGGGCUUCAGGGGACACCAGAAUCAGGUUUUUUAAUUUUUUAAACAAGGUAAUUUUUCAGUUCAGACCUGGACUAUCGCAGAAGUAGAAGCGUGUGACAUUCACGUAGCCAUCAUUGCUAUCUCUCCAGAGGCAGUGGGUUUGGGGAGCCAUUACGGGACACCAUUUGUUUUAGUCUGACCAAUGUCUUCCAAAUUGCAAUUGGAAGAACCAGAUUGGAAUGAAAACUGGAGCACAAAUGGAAAGCCCACAAAUGACCAAGCGCAGCUCAGCCCUGGAACUUUGAUGAAAGUCGCCUCAGUUUUAAUUCAUUUCUUCUGAGACCCAUUGGGACAGCAGGAACCCGAGAAGUUGGAUGGCGUCAGGAUGUCUCCCUUUAUUGACUCCAUUUCCUAAACUUUGGCAAACGGUAUAAAGCCCUGCCCUGUCACCCCACUCUAAUGUCACUCUAGCAGCCAUUCUGCAGACUGGAUGUCACAUUGUGCUACUUUGUCACCUCAGGGUGGGAUGUACUAAAGCAGUUCAAACUUAAAUGGAGCCCAAACAUCAGUGAGUGACAAAGCUGCACAGAGGACCACCGGGAUGCAGGAUUUUUAACUUGUGAGAUGAAGUUCAAGUCUGAACUGCUCGUAUUUUAAUGCUGUGCCAAAUCAACCUUUAUUCUGUUUAUCUAGACCUUGUGCUGUCCGAGUAAAAUAUGGUGGGUUUUUGGAGACGGGCACUCAAGUCCACAACUUAUCUGUGAAUCGCACAGAAUGCUGUGCUGUAUUUGCAAAUCUAAUGCUGCAUUUUCUGAGUGUAUGUACAAAGAUCAGUGGUCCGUAUUUAUAGUGUAAUAUCGUAUUGCCAUUGUGCAGUGCAAGACUGUCUAGACGGUAACAAUUAAAGAACUUUCUUUUA